UAACUGCCGCUAGAAGCUUCCCGUAGCCCCAGAGUGCACUGGGAAUUCAACAUGGCGUCGUACAGUGAGUGGUUAAGUUACCUGCAGUCAGCGGAGAAAACUGCGCUCGUCCAGGACGGGAAGAAAAAGGUCCAUUUUAAGUUUGCGGAUGGCAAGGAGAUGGCAGAGGAAUAUGAUGUGAAGACCAAUGAUCUCUUGUUGAGAAAAUGGAGGAAAAAGGGAACAUUGGGAGGCGCGGGUACCUGGGAGAUAGAGGUCGGUGACCCCCAGGUGUUCCGGCCUGUUGCCAUGGAGACACAGGGAAUGGUGGAAAGUAGCAGUAACCCCAUUUUUACAAGAAGAGAUACCAAAAAAGCGUUUAUGUGGAGAAUCCGCAACCUUCCCUACCCAAUAGAAACUUAUAACGUCACAGUUGACACAGACAACAGAUGUGUCAUUGUUAGAACAACCAACAAAAAAUACUACAAGAAGUUCACUAUUCCUGACAUGGACAGGGCAGGUCUUCCUUUGGAGCAGAGGGCUGUUAACUAUGCACAUGCUAACAACACACUGGUCAUCACGUACGAGAAGCCGGCAGGUGUGCUGGAGAUGGAGAGACAGGUGCUGCAGGAGCUCAAGAAGCUGAAGGCCUCCAGGGACGGUGAUGUCGAAUGUAACCCCAGCUGAGACAUUUUUUUUGGGGGGUGGGGAUUGAAACACAAUUAUUGUUAACUAUCAGGAAAUUUGCUGAUAAAAAGUCUGCUAUGAACCUUCACAAUUCUAUUAGAAUCUGACGCCAGCAGUCCAGGCUUAUAAACUUGUGAAAGAGAAGUAAUUGUAGAUUACAUUCCUAGCAAUGGUGGUGUUUUUUUAGAAUGGUGUUGCUAUAUAUAUAUGCAUGAUGUACUGCUGCACAGCAUGUACAGUACCGGUAUUAUUAUUUCUCGUAGCUUGGAUGAUUGACUGUCCUGAAGAAAGGGUUAAUGUUUGAUUUGAAGUGUUGUUGUAUAGGUAUUACUAGUACAUGUAUAUUUUUCACUUGUGUAUGUUCAAAUAAUGUACUAGCUAGAAUUGUAUAUUCCUUGCACUGUUAGAUGAGAUUUUUCAGGCAGAAAUAAACUGCAUUUGUAAAAAUAUUUAGGCAAAAAAUAUUGACAAUGGAUAUAACGUUACAUGUAUGUAGGUUAAU